UCAGCAAAUCUCUACAGGAAAACUUUCAAGCUUGAGUCUAUUCCUAAAGAAUGGCUUCAGCAUGCUAUUAUGCACUUUUUACUUGUUUUCUUAUUAUUAUUUCACGGAUAGGCGACGCAAAUGGUUACACCAAUGCUCUUGAUUCUGAAAUCGCAAGAAAACAUGAGCUAUGGAUGGCGGAGCAUGGACGAGUGUAUAAGGAUGAAGCGGAAAAGGCACGGCGAUUUGAGAUAUUCAAGGAGAAUGUAGAGUAUAUAGAAGAUUUCAACAAUGCCGGAAAGCACAGGUACACUUUAGGUGUCAACCUAUUUGCUGAUCUUACUUCUGAAGAGUUCUUAGCUACAUACGCUAGCGGAUUCAAGAAGCCAGAACCCGAGAUUGAGGAGUCACUUAGGUCCGUUAAGUAUGAGACGACUGUGGAACAAACAAAUAUUUCUUCAAUUCCGGCUAGUUUCGAUUGGAGGGAUGUCGGCGCAGUAGCACCCGUCAAGUUUCAAAUGCUUUGCAAUUGUUGUUGGGCUAUGACGGCGGCAUCGACAAUUGAAAGCCUGGGGAAAAUCAAAACAGGUGUGCUCUACACUUUAUCAACACAACAAAUUAUUGACUGUGACAAAGGAAACAAUGGUUGCAAGCCUGGUACGGUCCAUGGUGCUUAUCGUUAUGUCGUAAGAAACAGAGGGUUGACGACCGAAGCUACUUACCCGUACAAAGAUGUUGAAGGCAAGUGUGAUUUUACUAAAGAGAAGAAAACUGUAGCAACUAUUAACGGUUACAAAACCGUUGCCCGCAACGAGCAAGCGCUUAUGGCCGCGGCUUCAAAGGAUCUCCAACUUUACAGGGGGGGCAUCUUUCAUGGAUCCUGUGGAACCGCUGUUAAUCACGCCGUUACCGUUAUAGGUUAUGGAGAAUCUAGUAAGGAUAAGUAUUGGAUAGUGAAGAAUUCGUGGAGUUCUAAGUGGGGUGAAAAUGGGUAUAUUAGAAUGGAGAAGGAUGUUCCAUCGCCUUCCGGGAUGUGUGGCAUUACCGAGUGGGCAGUUUAUCCAACUAUGUGAGUGUGAGUAUAUGUUCUCAUGUAAUAAUAAUAAGCUGGCAUUCCUCCUUCCACGUACCGUGGUGGUUAACCAUAUGAUUGGUGUUUGGGUGAGUAAAUAAGGAGGUGGAUGUAUACUAUUGUGUGUGUAAACUUAUCUCAAAUAAAUAUUUUAUUGUCAUUAAGUUUA